AUGUACAUCCGUAAAUUGUUACUGCUUGUUCCAAUCCUGUUACUUAGCUGUAAGGCUCAAGAUUUGCCUGAGAUCGUUGACAUUGGUUCUGAGUUAGAGCCAUUCGAUGUGCCACUAGUGGAUUUAGAAAAGGAUGCGAAACCCGUGACAACACUUAAUGAACAAUGUAAACGUUUUGUAAAUCAUUACAGGUAUUAUUGUCGGACGUCGAAUCUCGCCAUGUAUAACGAGGAAAUUCGGAUCAUUUGUGAGCGAUACCGUACCUAUUGUUCGGAUCGAGUGUAUCCGUCUGUCAACCAUAUACGAAGGCAACUUGCCUAUUGGAAACACUCUGGUCUGCCUGUUGGUGCUCAACAAGCGCUCACUACUUGUUAUGCGCGCUGCAAAGAAACUGACCCUGUAUGUAUUAAUGCUUGUGAGUGCAUUCAUCUGCAGUGGGUCAUGAACUAUGAGUGCUAUCCCGGAAUUCGAGCACCAGCCGGCCCGAACUGUCAGAGGUGGACACAGAAAUGUCGACUCGUUUGGAAGCCUCUACCCGACUAUACUCCUGCAGAUUUCAAUGUCAUGUCUCCACAACCAUUGGUACGAGGACAGUUUUACGGAUACGAUGCAUUAGGUAAUUACCGUACAUUCGCUCGCCCACGCGAUCAUGGUGUGUCCUUUUAUCGCGGUACAAACACUGUACUUGUUGAUUGGCCUGAAGGAAAAGUCGCUGGUGCUACCGGUAUUGAGGUACCAGCCGCUGGCGUCAAUAUUGUCUACAACGCUUAUGAUAUAGGAUUUCCUAACCCUCAACGAGCCCUUCGAGAGCUCACCAAGGACAAUCCUGACCCAUUGAAUCCCGGAACUGGACGGAAGAUGAGCGCUUUAGCGCUGUUCAAACGGAUUUGA